AUGUGGGAGCCCCGUUUCCCCGCGCUGAGCCCCGCGUCUCCCGCAGCGCUGUCCCCCGGCCGCCAGCCCUCCCGGGGGGCCGCGCCGCCCCCCGCCGCCGCCUCCGCCUGCACCCCCGGCUCCGCCUGCGGCUCGGGGGGGCCGGACCCCGGCGGGGCCUCCCCCGCGCCCCCCUUCUCGUGGCCGCCCCACUUCCUGCCGCUGGGCACCCCCUGGCCCGAGGCGGCGGCGCUGUGGGGCGCGGCCUGGGCCGGGCACGUCUAUGGGGCGGGGGCGGCCUUCGCGCUGCUGGGGGGGCUGGGGGCGCUGCUGCUGCUGGGGGGGCGCCGCCCGGGGCUGGCCCGGCUGCUGGGGGCGCUGCUGGCCCUGUCCGCCUUCGCCCGCGCCUUCCCGCUCUUCUUCGACCCCUACGAGCUGGGGGGGCGCCUGCCGCCCGCCGCCGCCCGGGCGCUGUUCGAGCUGCCCUUCCCGUGCCUGGGCUGGGGGCUGCGCGGCGGGGCGGGGGGGGCGCGGGCGGGGGUCCUGCGAGGGCUGGGGGCGGCGGCGGCGGCGCUGAGCGCGGGGCUGCAGCUCUUCGGGGCGCUGCAGUUCUGGGGCUGGGCCGCGACCCCCGCGCCCGGGCCCUGGGCCUGGUGGGGGCUGCAGCUGGGGGCGCGCCUGGCCGAGCUGGCCAUGGGGGGGGCGCUGGCCGCGCUCGCCUUCGCCGCCCCCCCGAGCGGCCGCGCCCCCCCCGGCGGCCCCGCCGAGCCCCCCGAGGGCGGCGGCGGGCGGGGAACGGGCGAGGAGGCGGGGGCGCCCCCCGAGUCCCCCCUGGAUGCGGACGGGGACCCCACGGCCGGGUACCGGCCCCCGUCCCCCAUCGACCUGCGCCGCUCCAUCGACGAGGCCCUGGGAGCGCCGGGAAUGUUCCGGGCCGGGAACGGCGGCAUCGGGGGCGCCGCGGGCGCCAGGAUCGGCCUCAUCGGCAACGCCGGGAACACCGGCGUCGGUGUCACGGGUAGCGCCGGGAACGGUGGGAAAACCAAGAGCAACGGGGUCAGCGUGCUCGGGAGCACCGGGAGCACCGAGAUCAGCGUCAUCAGCGCCGCCGGCAGCGCCCGCAGCGCCGCGAGCACCGCGAGCACCGGCACCAGCAGCACCGCCCUACCGGGGGGCGGCAGCUCCGGGAGCACCGCGGGCACCGGCACCAGCAGCACCGCCCUACCGGGGGCCGGCAGCGCCGCCAUGCCCGGGCUGGGCACCGGGAGCUCCAUCGGCACAGCCGGGGCUGCGGCAGCGGGCGGCACCGGCACCGCGGGGGCGAGCGCGGAUGGCACGGCUGGCAAAGCUGGCACGGCCGGCAAAGCCCGGGGGGCGCCGACCCCCGGGACCCCCGCGCAGGGCCCCCCCCGGGCGGCGCCGCCCCCGCUGCGGCCGUCGCAGAGCUGGGCUGAGGGGAGCCCCCGGCCCGGCCCGGCGCCCCCCGAGACCCCCGCGGGCGGCGGCGGCCCCAGCCCCGGCAGCGACACCAUUGACUUGUAG